AUGGCCAGCAUAUCAGCUCCCACACUGCUGGCAACGUACCAAUCGUCGCACGCAUCCUCCUCGAAAGACCGACAUGUGUCGCUCGCUCCAGUCUACGGGAGCCAGGGCGAGCUCGCGGUGCUUGCUGUCCAGGGCGAUGGAGUGUGGACAUAUGAUCUGAAGACUUUGCGACCGACUACAUCGUACUCAGUCCCACCUUCAACGGUUUUCACCACCCAGCCCCUCAGCUUCUUACCUCCGCCCUCCGCAUUCCCGGAAAAGGGCAAGGCCAAGGCUCAGCCUCAAGACGAGGACGAGGAGAUGAGCUCUUCGGUCGACUCCGAGGAGCCAGAAUCUGGACCUAGGCGUACCUCAUUGGUCGGAGUCCAGAGUGCGACGAAGGGAAAGCGGGGGAGGCAGACAUCGGAGAUAUGGUGUUGGAGAGGUGAAGAUGAGGAGAAGAGCAUCAUACAGGCCGGACAUCCACUACAGCAGCUGCAUCAUCUGACGUCCCCAAGGCAUCCCGUUCUCGCCGUCGCAUCAGACGGCAAUCUCUUCCUCCUCGACUCGGCGGACCAGAUCACCGCCCUAUCCCAUACGGCCGCUACUGGCGAAAUCAUCGCCAGCAAGGUCAUGACUGCGACUGAGCAAUCAGUAGGCCUCGUGCUCGUCGGAAGCGAUGGUCGGAUCUGGUCCAUACGAAUCGGUCUUCCCGAGGACGGCUUAUGCUCGGCAACCUUGACGUCCGAGUCUCGAAUAGGAAAGCACGGGGCAAAGUUUGUCGCUGCGGAUAUUGCUGAGGACGGGACGGUCACCUCUAUUGGCGAACAACCCGUCUCGGAUACCACCUCCAACCCCAUAUCCUUCCGCAACGACUCGUCGGCGCUCACAUCCAUCCCCUCUCCAAAACCUCUCAUUAUGCACACGGCUUCGCAACCUUCCUCUACCCUUCUCCUCAGCCUCGCUGGCUCCGACGCACCGAUCGUACUCGUAGACAGCGAUGUCUCGGCCUUCUCGACCGAGGGUGUCAUCUCGGAACUCAGCCUCCUCGGCAAAUCACCUUCGUCAUCAACAUGGACCGUCGCAUUCGUCGUAUGGCACAAGCAUGCCGAUAAGGGCGGGCGGUCGGUGGUGUAUACCUGCGAGCUGGUGGUACCGGAGAAGGGGUUCGGGAUGAAUCUGCUUUUGGGAUCGCAAGAGCGGACGGCACGGUACCUGGCGGAGCCAAAGGCCGGGAAGGGUGGCAAGGGGAAUGUAGCGGAAGUCGCCAAGUCUGCGGCCAGCAGCAAGAGGGCAGGGGAGGGCGAGCUCGCAAACCUGCUCGAGGGCGACAUGGGGGAGGCAGAAUGGUCAUCUGCGCGCAGACUGUUGCGGAACAGCAAAACCAUCCCCUCAUCUACGUUGGUCGCCCUCCUCAAACGGGCGAUCACGGACGGUCAUCUCGAGCAAAUCUACUCGGACUUCCUGUCUCUCUCCCCUCCCGCCAUUGACUUCCGAUUCGAGCUGCGGCGGCAGAUCUCGGCCGAAGAGGCUACUCAGCUCCUCGGCCAACUGGUCAAAUGGGCUUCUGAAUGGUGCGACAACCGGACAGAAGGCCUCGGCUGGCCCGACUCGGCCGCUGUGAAGACAUCAUCCACCUCCAUCCCCUCUCUGGACUCUGUGCUCGCCCACUCCAGCCUCCUCCUCGACUCCCAUCUACCCCUACUCGUCGAACACGACCCCGCCGCACCUCUCCUCGAAUCACUCGCGGCGUCCCUCACCCCUCUUCUCACUCUUCAGGCGGAGAUCCGGCAGCUCCGCGCCCCGGUGGACGCGCUGUUGACGCUGUCGAAGCGGGAAGAGAGGCGGCGGGCGGAGCUCAAGGCGAAGAAGGAUAGUCAGCGGAUGGAGCGGAGCGUCGAUGCGAGUGGGGCGGGAGGGAAGAAGGCGAAUCAUAUCGGCGUGCCGAAGCCGGGGAUGGCGGCUAUGGCGUAUGGGCAAGACUUUGGGAAGUGGAAGGUGGAGGACUUCGUUUUCUAG